AUGGAGGCGCUCGCCGCGAGCGAGCGGCGAUUGAGCGCCUCAAAUUCUCUCCGGCUGCGCGCGCCUGCGCGCCUGACCGGUCUCUGCGCCAUCUCGCUCGACCGCCGCUCCGCCGCUGGGCUCGGCGCGAGCGCGGCCGCCACCGCGCUCCUCCUUCCGCUGCCGGCUCCCGCCGCCGAGCUUCCUCCCGCGGCAGUGAUCCUCCGGGUGGCCGAGGUGACUCAGUUCCAGGAGGACGCUCUCCGCCGGGCGGCGAGCUACUCGGACGAGGAGGAGCGCGAGCGUGCGGGCUACGCCUUUGGCCGCAACCAGAUGGAGAUGUCCGUGGACGUGCUGCUCAGGAACACAAGGCUGAGCUCGCUACCCGGCUGCGCGACGCCCGCCUUGACCAUCGGCGAGGUCAAGCGCAUCGCGAGCCGGCGCGACGGCAUGCUCUCGCAGGCGGACCUGCUCGCGAUGGCGGCGGCGUACUCGCGCUCGCGCGACGAGCUGCGCGUCGCCUUUGAGGCGAUGCCAGAGAGGGAGCGGAGGGAGGGGAAGGAGAUUGUGCGCGGGCUCAAGGCAGCGGACGACGAGCGCAAACGCGCCGCGCAGGCCGAGGAGGAGGCGGCCAUCGCCGAGAGGGGACUCUACCCUCGAUGA